CAUUUUGUAGGCUGGAGGAAUCAAAAUAUCAGGGGAUUUUCUUUCUUUUGAACGUUACCUUCAGUAGAACCAACCAGUUUGAUCGCACCUCAAGUAAAUAACUAUUUGAAGAUUUUUCUUUGUUAGAUUUAGUCCAUAUAAAGGGUUUAUUAUCCUCUUACUACUUCAGAUAGUUCUACCGGCUCAAGUCCUGUGUACUAACCCAUGUACAAGUGAGUAUAUUCUGUUCACUGAGUUUUAAACGGUUCGAAUAGCAAGUGACAUUUGAACAAGGGUACACUUUGAACCGGAAACCUUGCUUUUAAGGUUAAUCUGAGUACCUUAAUAAAAGACUCUACAGCUGAAGAAAGAAUGGUAUGGCGCUGUGAAGAAAAUAAAAUGGCGCUUGUGGAUAGUGAUGGAACUUUCGUCCUCACGAAAUGAUAUUCUGCGGUUGUUGUUUGGGUCAACUCUUGUCUGAAGAAUUGAGGGUGUUACUCUGAUGUCUUCCACACUAGAGGAGAUUGAUGGAAAUUCUAACAUCACGAUCGAUCUUGACGAAAAGGAAUUGGAUUCAAAAUGCAGCGAGGAGGAAGUGCUUGUUAAUGGUGAUGGAUGUGAAGACGAUACAAAUUUGAAUGGCGAUACAAGCGAUAAUCGGGAUGAAAGCCAUAAUGUCAAGGCUCACAACUCGUUGUCUCCUUUAAAUGGAAUUACAAGCGGAGGAGAUCAAGAGGUAAACUUUAUUUUAGCAGAAUAUGAGCACACGAAAGGCGAACUUUCUAAAUUGCAGACGGAUUACAGAUUGUCUUUGGAACGUGAGAAGAGUUUGUGUGAAAAACUGAAAGAUUAUCAUGCAAAAGAGGACUCAAGUAGUGAAGACUUGAGCACGAUAAACGAAGACUUGAGGAAAAAUUUAGACGCAGUUCUUGAGGAGUUAAUAUCCUCAAAGGACGAGCUUAAAAGAGUUAAGGAUAAGAAUGAUCAACUGGAGAAAGAACAGAGUAAUCUAAAUGCAGAAGUAUCUAGGUUACAAGUUAGUGGAAAUGAGGAAAGUGAAACACUUAGAAAGGCUAAUCAGGAAUUGGAACAAAAACUUCAAGAAAAGACUGAAGAGUUUGAUGCUUCAAAAGAGAAACUCCAUGCUCAUGAUCAGGCUGCAAAGAGAGCUAUUGCAGCUUUGCAAAAAGAAAUGGCUCUUAGAGUUGAUCAGGUGACAAAGAUGUAUGAGGAUGUACUCAAGGAUAAAGAUAAUAUGGGAACUAAAUUAAUUCAAGGAGAGGAAGAAAAGAAGAAACUGGCUAGAGAGAAUGAACUACUGGCAAGAAAAGUUUCUGAAAAUACAAAGGAAAUAGAGAAGUUCCGCCAGAAACUGAAGACAAUGCAGACAGAUCAUGCUAAGUUACAGACAGCAUAUGAUGACAGGGGAAAGGAACUAAAUGCUAUUUUGAGGGAAUCAGACAAGCUUACAGAGGAAGUGAAUUCACAAGCAGUGAAAGUCAAGUGGGCACAGAACAAACUUAAAACAGAAUUAGAGACACAUAAGGAAACAAAAGCCAAACUUGCACAAGUAACACAGAAACUCAAAGAAUCCAGAGAGGAAGGUCUUCAGAUCAGGGCUGACUGUCAGGCUAUGAUAAAACAGUAUCAGGAAUCAGAAGAAAUGAGAUCAAAUUCUUUGGACAGCAAACUCAAAGCAAAAGAAGUUGAACUCAAAAGGCAUGAGCAAGAAAUUGCAGACCAGGAUGAGGUUCACAAAAUGAAAGUCCAGGAAUUAGAGACAUGGAAAGAGCAGUGCAAGAAAAGUAAAGAAGAAGCAAAGGUCAUCAAAGAAAAGAUAAGUGAGUUAGAGGAAAAAAUCACACAGUAUGCACUUAAGGUGGCAGAACAUGAAAAGAGUGCCCUAAUGAAUAUAAAGGAGCAGCAGAAUCUUAAGAAAGAGCUUGAAGAGUGUCAACUGUACAAGGCAAAGUAUGAGAGUGAAGUAGAGAUGGUGAAGCAAUUAACAUCUGUGGAGAGUGAACAGAAGAAGACAAUUGCUGACUUGGAAGCUGACAUUUUAGCUUGUCAUACCAAAGAAUCAGAACUAUUAGCAUUCUCAGAGAAAAUGACUGCUAAAAAUGCUGAGCUUCAAUCUACAAUCAGUGGCACCUUAUCUAAGCUUGAUGCCAUUCUUCUUGACAAAUCGAAAUUGGAAGAACAGUUUGAGGAAGUGGAUAAGACAAGAAAGGCACUGGAAGAAGAAUUGAAGGAGAAGACCUUGGAAUAUGAAAGUGAAAUUGGAUCUCUGAAAGGUCGUUUGGAAGAGAAAUCAAAAGCUGUGUCAGACCUUGCUGCCUCUUUAGAGGAAUCAAAAGAUGAACUUCAGGUGGCGAAGAGAAAAAACACAGCCCUUAUAAAGGAUCUAACUAGACAGUUGCAACAAUCAAGAAAACAAGUAGAGAAGCUAGAAUCGAAUAAUCUGGAAUCCAAGGAAAAUCUGAGUGAGGAAUCAAAAUCUUCAUCCACCAAUUCUCUGGAUAAAAUAGGCAGCACCUGUACAACUCCCACAUCACUUUCAUCUCCUACCUCGGGCACCUGUACCACCGAUGGAGGGUGGGUUGUAGUCAAUGGAUCCCAGUCAUCGGUAGACCGGGCUUCACUGGAUGUGUCCAAUGGUGACAAUGUACAGAUUUUAGGGCAGAAGGAGCUCCGCACAAACUCAGAGCUUGAGCCCAACAAAGCAGUACUUGUGGAACGUAUCUGUAGACUGCAGAAGAUCCACGCUAAAAAGAACGAGAAGCUAGAGUUCAUGGAAGGACAUGUGGCAGCCCUGGUUGAAGAGAUUCAAAAGAAAAGCAAAAUUAUUCACUACUAUGUGCUCCGAGAACAAGCCGGAACACUUGCGCCACCUACGUCAGAUCUGCAUAAGGCCCAAGUGUCUCGUCACGGCGGAAUCAUGGCCUCUGUUUACUCGUCCAAAGCCGUCGACCCAGACAUGACUCUAGAACUGUCUCUCGAAAUCAACAAGAAACUUCAAGCAGUACUAGAGGACACAAUUCUCAAAAACAUUACUCUAAAAGAAAACCUUGACACCCUGGGAGACGAGAUAACAAGACUUAAUGAAGAACUGCAAAAGAUAAGGAGAAGUAAAAGAACUUGAUGUGGCGAAACGCUAAAUGAAGAAUGAUGGACUGGAACCCAACAGGAGAUCUUGUAUCAUCAGAUCUGCUUUUAAGCGUUAUUCAUAAUUAUUGGAUUUAUCUGAAUUUAUAUCUGGCUGAUUACGGGAAGGAAACUUUUAUGAAACACUUUCGUUACGCUCCAGUAGAGUCCACGCUAGGACUGCGUAAAAUGCGUCACAUGUCACCAGAAAGCUUUAAAUACCAAAAAAAUAAGAAUUAUAAGGUUGGAAUUGAAAUUAUAUUUAUGGUAUUCGAAUAGAAAAAGAAAACUUAACGGUGUGGUGUGUGGUCGAGACGUAUUAGAAGAAAAAGCAGUGCAAGCAAGAGGAUAAUCUCGGCCAAAAAGUGACUUACACUUUGUUAUGUUAGAUUCAGUAAAAUUAAUUUUUUGUUUAUUUUAAUGUAAGACUAACAUAAAAUCAGCAUCCAAAAAGAUUAUGAAAGGAAAAGAAGUUCAUAGUAUUUUUAUCUUUCUUGUCGGAAGAUAGCGAAGUUAUUUUGUCUCUAGAGGUGUAGGAGCGUCUGUAACAAAUAGGGCAGCUUUCAUAUUGGCACCCAUCCAUUAACGUUAGAACUUUUAAUGUCUGACCUUUUGUUUUUUGUUUUGUUUAUGUUUAGAAAGUCACAUCGUAGGGAGGUAAAUUAUCACGCACUUCCCCCUUCACACUCUGCUUAAAUAUGGGUCAUGGGUAUGUUAAAGUUGAUGUAAAUGGAAACGUCCAGGAAAUUAUAAUUGAUCAAAAAAGUUAUAAAUUACAUUGUUUAAUUAACAGGUUAGAAUGUGUAUAAUAUGUAUAUAAAGGCUUUGCGAAUUAAAAAUGUCUCUGUU